AUGCAGUCCAGGGACGAACCCCAGCCGUCCGAUCUCCUCCUCCCGUCAACGCUACCGUUCAAGCGCGUGCAGCUGGAGGAGAAGUAUCCGCGCGGGUCGCAGGUGCGCGGCGGGCGGCACUGGAAGCACCUGAAGCAGAUCCUGCAGCCGCACAACCUGAGCGACCUGCCGCCCGACGAAGCCAACUACGUCACAAUCGAGGCGCCGCCGUCCAUGUACCCCGCUAAGAAGUACUGCGAUAUAACGGGGCUCGAGGCGCCCUACACGGACCCGCACAGCAAGCUGCGCUACGCCAACCCCGCCGCCUUCGCCAUUGCGCGCUCGCUCCCCCACCCGCACGCGCAGGCCUUCCUCGCGCUCCGAGGCGCGCACACCAUCGAAACAAAAGAGCUGCUAGAAUGGCCAAUCGUGUGCCGCCAGGUGGCACGAUUCGCGGACACAGUAAUGGGGUACAGGGAGGCGGAGGAGGGGAGGCUGGCUGUGGGGCGGUCAUGGGAGGAGAGCCAGGCGCUGCUGCAGCAGACGGAGGCAGCGCUGCUGCUGCCGCGACGGCUGGACUUUAACGGUGCUGUGGACCCUGUAGAGGUUAUCGAGUUGAACAAUAGCGAGGCAGAGCUGAGUGGGCAGGAGGCGGAGGAGGAGAGGCGGGUGCUGAGGGAAAUGGCCGAGCAGGUGGCGGAUUGUGCACCGUUGAUUCGAGAUCUGACGGACAGGAUUGUUGCGCUGGACCUGGCAUGUGCCCGUGCAAGACAUGCCCUCUGGAUGGGUGCCUCCCCUCCUGUGCUCCUUCCCCCCACACACCCUCUCUCCCGUGCGCAUGGGGAUGCAGCUUCAGGAGUAGAUUCCCCUGGGGGCAGUGUGGUGGUCAUCUCGGGCCCCAAUGCGGGCGGCAAGACCGCCGCCCUCAAGACCCUCGGGAUUGCCGCGCUCAUGGCCAAGGCGGGGCUCUUCCUGCCCCUCGCAGGGGACGUGGGGGGACAGCGAGCAGGGGAAGACGCGGCAGCGGCGGAGCUUGGGGGCGGGAGUGGGGGCGGGAGUGGGGGCGGGAGUGGGGGAACGGGAGAAGCGAGCAGAGGGAGGGGACGGGUGGCGGUGUUACCGUGGUUUGACCGGGUGGUUGCGGACAUUGGAGACGAGCAGUCCUUGGAGCAAAGCCUCUCCACCUUCAGCGCCCACAUGCGCCAAGUCUCCUGCAUCCUCCUCGCCUCCUCUCCCUCUUCCUCACCCUCAGCACCCUCCUCGCCCUCUCCUUCUUCCUCUCCCUCCUCUCCCUCCGCGACCUCCUCUCCUUCCUCUUCUGCGUCUUCUUCCUCUCCCCCCUCCUCUUCCCCCUCCGCCUCUCCCACCCCUUCCUCCUCAACUCUCGUACUCCUGGACGAGGCAGGGAGUGGCACGGACCCCUCAGAGGGAGCAGCGCUGGCAGCGGCCAUUCUGAAGCACCUGGCGGGGUGCAAUGGGCUCACUCUCGCCAGCACCCACUACGCCGACCUCAAGAAACUCAACAAACUCAAGGCGGCCGAUUCCCGGUUUGAGAAUGCGAGCGUCGCCUUCGACCCGGUCUCCCUGCGCCCCUCCUUCCACAUCCUCUGGGGUCUCCCCGGCACCUCCCACGCCCUCUCCCUCGCUGCCUCCCGCGGCCUGCCUCCUUCCCUUGUCGCUAGAGCCGUCAGGCUGGCCCGUGCUGCCACUUUGGAGGCAGGAGAAGAGGAGGGAAGGCAAGGGGGAGAGAGUGAGGCGUACGAGUAUGCUACUUUGGGAGGGGGGAGGGAAGAGGGUGAGGAGGUGGGAAUACUAGCAUCUCUCAAGCAGCAGUGGCAGCGGAACGUGGAAGACGCGAGAGAAGCAGCAGAGGCAAGGCAACAAGCAGAGAGGCUUUUGAAAGACCUGCAGGCGCACUAUACCACGCGGCAGGGCCAGCAGGAGCAGCCUCUGCCUGUCAGGGAGGUGCUUUGGAAAAGACGAUAUCAGAGAGAUGUUCAAGAGGAGGUUUUGGCAGCAAGGGAGGAGAUUUCCCGCGUUGUUGCCAAUUUUCAGGAAGCUUCCCUUGCUGGUGUGCCGGAGCGGGCGGCGACGGACCAGGCCUGCGCUGACGUGGCAGCCGUGGCGGCUUUGACGGGCCUCUCUCCCGAGGCUAACUCUGCUAUAGGUUCGGAUGCUUCGGUUUGUGGCUCGGCGGGGGAUUCGGGAGGGGAUGACUGGGUUCCUGUUCUGGGAGAGCCUGUGUAUGUGAGGAGGUUCGGCACCAGUAUGCGUGGUACGGUGGUGGCGGUGGGCGGUGGUUCGGGAGAAGGCUUGGCAGAAGCAGCCGCUGCUCGGUCUGUGACAGUUCAACUGGGGAAUCUGCGAUUACAAGUGCAAAGAGCAGACCUGCUUCCUGCUACCGAUGGCAGUGGUGGUGGUGGGCAGACAAGGACAGAUGGGGAGGCAGGAAGAAGAGGGGGCACAGGAGGGCUAUUCGGCAGCCAAUGGGAGCAAGAUGAUGACAGCAAUAACAGCAAUGCGAAUACCACUCGCGUCUCGAAGCGCAGCAGUCAGUUUCCCUCCCCGUCCUCCUCCUCCUCCACUCCUCUGCCAGCAGUGAGAGAGGCAGCAGUGCAGACAGCGCGGAACACAGUGGAUGUGAGGGGGCGGAGUGCAGAGGAAGCAUUAGCAGCGGUGGACCUAGCAGUGCAGUCCAGCCCGCCUGGUGCUGUGCUCUUCAUUGUCCAUGGGCUUGGCACGGGCGUGCUUCGGGCAGCUGUGCUGAAAUAUCUCUCGGGCAGCCCGCUGGUUUCGCGGCACGAGGCGGAGAGCAGGUUGAAUAUUGGGUGUACUGUUGUUUACAUUGGGUGA